AUGGCUGGCAAACAUGACGGACUGGAAUUAAUAAAAGAAUCCUUAAAUAGUUGUGAUGGUCAUCUGGACUAUGACAUUGCCCACGUAUUCAUCGUUCUCGGGGCUUCUGGAGAUUUGGCUACGAAAAAAAUCUAUCCAACACUUUGGUGGCUGUACAGAGAUCAGUUGUUACCAAAGAAAAUAUUCUUUAUUGGGUAUGCUAGAUCCAACUUGACUGUUGAUGACAUAAAGAAAAAAACUCACAAAUAUCUCAAGGUCAGCAAUGAUCAAACGAAGCUGUUGGAAUCCUUUUUUAACGUCAACUAUUACAUACAAGGUAAUUACGACGACAAAGACGGUUUUGAACAGUUGGAUAAAAAAAUAAAAGAGCUGGACAUGUGUUCCCACAGAAUAUUUUACUUUGCCUUGCCACCGACUGUGUACAAGAGUGUCUCCUCCUUGAUUCAUUUGCAUUGCAGAGCUGCUGGGUUAACGAGGAUAAUUGUAGAGAAGCCAUUUGGAAGAGAUUUGGAAUCAUACAAAGAUCUUUCGAAGCAUCUCUCUGGCAUCUUCACUGAGGAAGAAACGUACAGGAUCGAUCAUUACUUGGGCAAGGAGAUGGUUCAAAACCUCAUGGUCUUAAGGUUUGCCAAUCGCAUUUUUAGCACAGUUUGGAACCGAGACAACGUAGCCUGUGUGACAAUUUCUUUCAAAGAACCUUUCGGUACUCAGGGAAGGGGAGGCUACUUUGAUAACUUUGGCAUUAUUAGGGAUGUAAUGCAGAAUCACUUGAUUCAAAUUCUAUCAUUAGUAUCUAUGGAAAAACCCGUUUCAUUGAAAGCUGAUGACAUUAGAAAUGAAAAGGUAAAAGUGCUGAAAUGUGUUCGAGAGUUGAAACUGGAGAAUGUAGUACUUGGUCAGUAUGAAGGUGAUCCCGACGGCGAAGGAGAAAUGAAGGAGGGAUAUCGGGAUGAUCCUACAGUUCCAAACGACUCGAUAACUUCAACAUUUGCAUUGGCUGUCCUUUAUAUAAAUAACGAGAGAUGGGAUGGGAUACCUUUCAUUUUGAGGUGUGGCAAAGCUUUAAAUGAACGGAAAGCCGAAGUUCGCCUCCAAUUUAGAGACGUACCGGGAUCAAUCUUUACAACACCGAAUGUUAUUCAUCGCAACGAGCUCGUAUUUCGAGUGCAACCUGGUGAGGCAGUCUACAUGAAGUUAAUGUCCAAGGAACCCGGAAUGCUCUUUGAUUGUCAUCAGACCGAAUUAGAUUUUACAUAUGGUAGCAAAUACGUCGGCAUUGAUCUGCCUGAUGCUUACGAGCGCCUCAUUCUCGAUGUUGUGUGUGGCAAUCAGAUUAACUUUGUUAGGUCAGACGAACUUUAUGAAGCAUGGAGAAUAUUCACUCCUGUCCUUAACGAAAUUGAAAAACAAAAAAUUAAACCUAUACCUUACAGAUUUGGCAGUCGUGGUCCCAAAGAAGCGGACGAGUUAGCUGCUAAGAAUAAUUUCAUAUACUCCGGAACAUACAAGUGGAUCCCACAAAAAAAUAAGCUCUAA